GUAUUUUGCAAAUUAGGUCAUCAAAUAAGCCUAGCGUUGCUUUUAAACGGGUUUUACAUAUUGUCUUAUUUUUUCAGGGAGGUUGAUAGCAGGAGUUUAGAAAGAAGGCUUCCAAUGCUUCCAUAAAUUAUGCAGGUACCACGAGAGGAGGAACACCUGAAGGCUACCGGGAAGCGGAGACUCUUCGAAUGACCGACCGGCUAGCGAAGCGGCAAGGGUCAGAAUUCCCACAACCAGUAAGCACACCCCCACUUCAGACCCAGAGUAAACGAAGGCAGUCUUCAGCUCAAGUAAGAAGUUAUCAAGACGAAAAGCAAGAUAGGCCAGAAAAGUCUGAAACACCUCGAAGACACGACGACAUACCAAGAAAACCUCUCCCUGAACAACAGGAGAACAACUGGAGACCAGACCCAGACACGAUACGAGUGACGAAAUCGCAAGACUCGCCAGCGAAGAGGUUACGGCAUGAGGCAGAGCCCCUAAAACGGGCGAAGGGUGUUGGUGAUUCGCCUAGGUUGACACAGGCGCACACGCCGAGGCCAGACCAUCAUAAGAGCAGCCCUAACGUCGCGUCGAGGCAUAAAUCAGGUUCACCAAACAAACGCGAAGAACGCAAAUCAGCAACGUACGGGCGCAGUGACUCCAAACGCCAGGAGUCCGUUGACCAACGAAAGAUGUACACAGCAAGCUCAGAGUCCGAACUUUUCGAGUGCGCAAUCUUACCCAUCUUCCACAAAUUACUCACAGAGCGGCAUAAAAGUCAACCCCAUGGUCUCAACCUCACCUAUGGCGUCAGCUGUCCUAACAUCUCGAUAAAAUGCGACAUAGUUGAAUAUUUGUAAGUAGAGUUUUAGGUUUAGGACAGGAGCAAUACUUUACCUGCGUUGAACUCGACUUCAAUGUUUACAACGUUAAAACCUUUCAUAUCUCAAAUGUCAAUUGUAAUAGAGACAAGACUCAUAACAGUUUCAUAACCACGAGUAAAGUUGUAAAAGUAAUUGUUUAUUCUAAAUAUUCUGAUUACGUUUUUUGAUGCGGAAUCCUGACCGUAAUAAGAUUCAUAUACUAGCCGUGUCUUAUCCAACCUCGACAUUGGCAGAAUCAUCAACACCUUGAUGGAGCCAUAACACGAAAAAUUGAUUGAUCCUGAUAUUCUGAUGCGUUUUUUGAUGCGGAAUCCUGAUAGUCUAACAUCAAUCAAUUUUUCGCGUUAUGGCUCCCUGAUUGACACUGAGUCACUGACACAAUUUUGACAGUUCAGUAGUGUUGCCACGUUGACAAAGAUUAGGAGAAAUAGUAGAACAGGCGUAGGUAUUUUCUAAAUAUUUUAAGCCAGUUAUAAAUAUUUCUUUCUGGUGAAGCAAGAUGCCUUUAUUUAUAAUUCUUAUAUUUUGGCAAUAAAGUGUUGUGAAAUUGUGACCAGAGCGCAAUAAACAAUAUCAUAGUUGUUUUUCUUUAUGACUAGGUAAAUGGAAAUUGUAAAAUAGGAUAAACCGAAAUUUUUGUGCCUCGUGACUUUACAAAAAGUGCAAUAACGA